CUGGCAAGAGAGGACCCAGAAUCAUGUCCGUGGUUCUUCCCACUCUGCUCUAUCUCGGGUUGUGUCUAGCCCAGAGCACUCAGGCUCAGAAUGGAAAUCUCCUCCCAGCUGUUAUGACAGCUCAGCCUGGAUCCAUGGUUCUAUAUAAGGAACGAGUAACCAUCCUGUGCCAAGGGCCUACAGACGCUAAAGCCUAUGAGAUAUAUAAAGUGGAAGACCCUGAGCCUAGGGAUGCAAGAAAAUUACUGGUGGCUGGGAAGACCAGCACUUUAUAUAUCCAAGAAAUAAAACCAGACCAGACAGGACUGUACCACUGUUCCUAUAAGAGAGGAGGACACUGGUCACCGAUCAGUAACAUCCUGCUUCUGGUGAUGACGGGAUCUUAUGACAAACCCUCACUCUCCAGCAUGAGUGGCACCGUGGUGGCUCCAGGAGACAAUGUGAAGUUACAGUGUUUCUCCAGAAUCAAGUUUGAAGCAUUUAUUCUCACCAAAGAAGAUGCACCUCGGUUCACCCAGAGACAAAGCUCCACCGCCCAGGACAAUGGACAGCAGACCACCUUCCACCUGGACCGUGUCACCGCCACACAGGCAGGGACCUACAGGUGCUACGGUGCCUUCAACGAAGACCCCUAUGUGUGGUCUCACCCCAGCGACCCAUUAAAGCUUGAGGUCAGAGGAUCUUAUGACAAACCCUCACUCUCCAGCAUGAGUGGCACGGUGGUGGCUCCAGGAGACAAUGUGAAGUUACAGUGUUUCUCCAGAAUCGAGUUUGAAGCAUUUAUUCUCAGGAAAGAAGAGGCACCUCAGUUUACCCAGAGACAAAGCUCCACUUCCCAGGACAAUGGACAGCAGACCACCUUCCACCUGGACCGUGUCACCGCCACACAGGCAGGGACCUACAGGUGCUACGGUGCCUUCAGCAGUUACCCCUACGUAUGGUCUCACCCCAGUGACCCAUUGCAGCUUGAGGUCAGAGAAGCUCCUUUGGACCCCACACCCGUGGAGCCCAAACAUCCAGAAGAAGCUCCUUUCGACCCCACAUCCAUGGAGCCCAAACAUCCACAAGGUGAGUCUCUGGGUUGUGUGGAGAACGGAAAGUACAUGGAGUAG